AUGUUAGGCGGACUGUCCCCGACCAAGCGUUGGCGCGGCGUUGUGGCCACCGACAUCUUCCCGGCUACUCCCACUCUGCCGCAGACCACCAGCCUUUCUCCUCAAGGCACCACGGAACGGUAUUCGUCUCAGAUGGACUCACCAAAAGGCUCCAGUCGGGGUCCCACCUUGACCGGGUCUCAUCAACUCACACGAUGCCGAGCGCGGGAUGGAGACACCUCUCCAACACUCUCGUCGGCUACAACGGAUGUUUACUCCCAACGUGAGGGUCGUGGAGGACAGGGUUCAGCUUUUUCUCCGGUGUUGCGGGUGGUGCAGACGCUGCGGGCCGCAUCCCCAAUUUCUCCUGGUGGCAAGCCUCGCUCUGGGAGAAAUAGAGGCCUUCCGGGCCCAAGCUCACCAUUGCGGUCUGAGCGCGAUGCGAUGAUUCGCGCAUGGGCAGAGAACGUCAAGGAUUCAAGGGCAGAUACCUGA